GAAAAAGUGAACGAUGUUGAGAUACAUACCAGGACACAAUUCGCAUUUGAGGACUGGUCAUAUGUUCUUGUGGACUUUUCAUGUUGUGCCUCAAUACAACUUAUACCCAGUCAGCAAUUAUCUAUGGCUCGUGCCAAAUUAACACAAAGUACGUGAAUAGUGAGUUUCACGCAAAUUGCUGGAAAACACUGUGGGCAGAGAAAUGUACAUCAAAAUGUCAUGUUUUAAGGGAGCAAGCAUGGAUUCAUACGUGGCCCGAGAGAGUAUGCACCAAAAACUGAUCAGAAUGAUCACCAGUAGUGUGAAAUUCACUUCCUGAUUAUGAAGAACUUCUCACAAUCCUGCAGAUAUGGUUUUUAGACCAUGCCUGAGCAAAGCUUUUU